UCAAGUAGAAUCAGUUGCUGAGUAUGGUCCAACUCUGACUGUGCUCUCUCGGGUGGUGUGUCGUGACUCGUGGUGACUUGUUUAUUUUUUCCCUUUAUUUCUCCUCCUUUCCGUUGGGUUGGGGUUUGUUGAGGUGUUUUUUUUUUUUCGAAGGGGGUUCUGCGAGAAUGUUGAUAACUCUUUUGUGAUAUUCGUCUUGCGUUUUUUUGGGGGUCCGAAGGAGGGAAAGAACCUCGCGAGCGGGUCAUCUCACUGGAGACACACAGACGGGAUUGUGUGGAUCACACACUUUCCAUCGCGCAAAUACACCAGCCUAGAUCAGCUAGCUAGCUAGCGCAAAGAAGUGCCUGGUUUAGUAUGAGUGUGUACUGGGCUUAAACGCGUUUCGCGCAAACUUAACCGGAGGAGCUCGGCGAGUUGGCGGAGUUUGGUGGAGCAUCAGAGAGCAGUAUAGUAGGAGAGGUGUGUAAGCUCUACACAAAACAUUAGUGGUGCGCGCAACCGUGUGAGGAGGUGUGCGUGAACGACGUGGUUUGUCGGUGCAGCAAAAGUCGAGGCUCGGCUCAGUGUCUGAGAGGAAGCAAGCGAAAAAAUACAUGUAAUAAAGAAGCAAGUAAAACAACAGCAGGGAGAAAGAAAAAAAAAGUUGUUUGAUUGUGCUCGCGUCCAAAAGAAGCGCAUAGAAGAAAAGAGGAGAAGAAGGAAAAAAAGUGGGGAAAGGAAAAGAAGGAAAUUUGCCAUAAUUGAGAGUUAAGUCGAAGCAAGUAAAGUGAAGUGAAAAAGGAAGAGUGUGUAAGACCAUUUUUGCUCAAUUAGUGAAUUUUUUCGCAUCGUAUUCGGUGUCUGCCCCAGAGCUAAAGUAUAUAGUGUAGAGUGAAGCACGACCACCGAAAAAUUGUUUACCUUAGUCAAAUUUGGAGUAGAAAAGUAUAAAUAAUUGAUCGUGUCGUGCGCUAAGCUAAGUGCCUUCACACGACUCAAACACACAUACACACACGUACAUAAGUCUAGUAGACGGUCGUGCGUGUGACAGCGGCAGGGAUCGCGAGGCAGCAAGAAGGGAAGGGGAGGAGAGUAUAAAUUUAAAAAUUAAAUUGCAAGUUAAGCUGUGCGCCGCGGUCUCGAAGUCACCAGCCAGCGCCAGCCAGCGACGUCGAGUCGACGUCUACACAAGAGAGAGAAUAAGCGAAUACACACACGCACACACACGGGACAGAACGCAAGACGCGGUCGUCGCACGCGCGGACAACAAGAGAUCGGAGAACGGGAACGGGCCGUGGUUGACGCAAAGCCAGCCAGUCAAGAAGAGAGUUAAAGUAAGAAAUAAAGGAAGCAAUAUUAAGAAAAAGCUAAUUUUAUCGCUUAAGCAAAGUUGAAAAGACGCGAAGGAAAACGCGAAGACGCCGCGCGCCACAGCACUCGAGAAUAUCUCGAGACGUAGAAGAAAAAAUCAAACAGGCUCAGCAACGCGUUUAGCGACUCACUCUUUCUCUCUCUCUCGGGUUCAGAGUGAGGAGCAGGCAGCAACUGCAUUCACGCUCGCGACGAAGUCCACGGCGAGACACGACACAAGAUGGCGUUCAACAGCAACAGCAGCAGCGCCAGCAACAACAACAACAACACCGCCAGCAACACCAGCGCCUCGGAGGAGAACGAUGGGGCGAGUAAAAAGAAAAACCUGAUAAUUCUGGUGGAUAAAGACUCGAACGAUAAGCUGAACGAGCUGUUCGAUAAAACACUCAGCAAUAAAUUACCGCUGCAAAUACCGUACCGCAUGCGAAAGCUGCCGGACUCGUUCUUCAAGCCGCCGUCCUCGGGCUCCAAAUCUCCGUCGGUGUCACACUCGCGGGAAAACUCGGCCGACUCGGCGUUCGGCUCCGGGACGACCAUCCUGGGCGGGGUCAAUCCAGUCACAGGACCGAACGGUCUACCCAUCCACCACAGCCGGGCCCACAGUAGUCCGGCGUCCCUCGGGAAGAUCCCGGCCGGACUGAUUAGCAGUCUGACGGGCGGCGGCGGCGGUUCGGGCAGUGGAGUUGCACAGGCCACCGGCAAUAGCAGUAAGGCACAACAGCAAGCGGACAGCAGUAGUCUAGGGGCGUCGUCGGUCGCCCAGCAGCAGCAACAGGCCCAGCAGGGUCUACCCAAACAGGCCAUCCAGCAUCUGCACGCACGGGGACGCUCGUACGAUGUGUCCAACCUGCACGCAAACUUUGGGGAGCUCCCGCCCGGCUGGGAGCAGGCAAAGACACAGGAUGGACGCAUCUACUACAUAAACCACAACACGCGAACCACCACGUGGGAGGACCCGCGUAUCACGGCCAUGCAGGAGAGCCUAUUCCAGCAGCAGUCCAGCGUGGAGACCCUGUUCAACACCGGUUCGCAAACCCUGCUCAGUCCCACCAUCUCGUCACCAACGCCACCCAGUAACAACAGCAAUACGACCAACAACAAUAACAACAACAACAACAACAGCGUGGUAUUUUCAGAUUCGAUCGAAAUGUCGAAUGAACCGGCGCUGCCGCCGCCCAGCGGCGUCCCAAUGCUAAACACCAACAGUGGUAUCAACCUUGGCCCACUACCCGACGGCUGGGAGGAAGGGAUCACGGCCAAGGGCGAGCGGUACUACAUCAACCACGCGAGCCGGACGACCACGUGGAGGGACCCCCGAUUGUCAAAUCAAGAUUGGGCAGUUCAAGAGCAAACGGUCAGACUGUACAACCUGCAGCUAGAACGAGAACGUCUCAGGAAACGGCAGCAGGAGAUUAAAUCACACAUGGGGGAAGAUCCGUUCUUGUCCGGCCUGACGGAUCAUUCACGCCAGGAGUCCGGCGACAGUGGACUCAGCGAGUCGUCCAUAUCACAUUCGAUGCCACAUACGCCCGAUUUCCUCUCUAGCAUAGACGACAGCAUGGACGGACUCAGCAUGACGGACAACACAAUGGACACAAUCCCAUUUGGUGACAACCUGGAGACACCAGACGAAUUCAUGCUUGAUGAUCCUCUAUUGUUAGAGAAAAUCGACGCAGUCAGUAACUUGAAUCUAAUAGAUCCUUCGAGUACCAAACCGGACAACACGCUGUAUGAUAUAAUCUAGAGGAUCCAGAAAAUUACGGAAACACACAUCUACACAUGCUUACAUUUAUAUUUUUACACCCACAUCCAAUACGGUAACAGAAAAGAAAUUACAUUUUGUAGUUUCUAGAGACACACACGUACACAAAACACAUACAGACAGGGGCGUUAACAAAACGUCAGAGCUAAGAAACUGUAAUGUUAUUUUUCUUAAUCAAUAAGGAAGAGCAACCCCACACAAUUGAGCGAUAAGGGAAAGGUAGUAGAGCGUGUGUAGAUAUUUAAGCAAAACCUUACUUAAUUUUAAGGGUUAGUUAAAGCAAAACACUACAAGGAAUCGGACCGCCUCCGUUCAGCGAGGAGACGGGACUCAAAGCCCCAUCAGAAACACUCAAGAUGUAUUUUACACUAUUUAGGAGAAAGAAAAGAAGCAAACUUUUGCAAACUUCUGUGACAUUCUGCAAUGCGAGACACCUUGCAAGCAAUGACAAAGUGCCUUAAAAAGAAUUAACUUCCUUUCGACGGAAACGAGUUGUGAUUUCAUGUUACAUACAUUUCUCAGAAUAUCAAACGUUUUGAAAACACACAACUGUCUGUGAAAACUCAAAGGAGCAAGCGAGUUCUAAAAUUAUGACCGCAUAAAUAAACAGAUGCAAUACUACGUAGUUUUGGCAAAUCAAAAGCUUUGCCGUUUUAUUAUGUUUCGUUUUAAUGUAACUUUGCAAAUUUUAAUACCGUUAGUAAUGCAUGACUUUAAGAGAAAGCAUACAAUCAAUGCAGUCUAAAUACUACUUACGACGAAAGUGCCUUUCAAUACACAAGCGUGUAAAGCAAACAUGUUCUGCAACAGCUAUUGAAUUUGAACGCAAUGCAUCAAUCCACAGUUUGAGCACGAUAGCAAAAUUCUCAUCCUUUUUUCGCCAUUUUUAAGUUCAAUCAUUCUAGGGUAGAAUCUAUCUUAUUAUCCUAAUUCUUGUAUUAGUAGCAAAAUCUUUCAUACCAACAUGCAAACACAAGUAAACAAACUACAUUUAUUAUAUUAAGUAUGUAGGAAUACUGUUUUCAUCAAAAGCUUAACUGAACCCUCUCAGCGAGAAAAUCAGAUGGCAAUUAAAAUCGAUUCAACUGGUAUUCAACGUUGUGGUCAUAAUCGUAUAUUUCUGGAAUGUCACUGACGAAUGAAACCUGUUGACCAGUCAAUCAAAUCUAAUGAACCACAUUGAAUAUACUUUGUUAUAAUUAUUCACUAAUAGAGAUAGCAAUCAUUUGAGUAUGGUUUUAUCAUAAGAAAUUUUAAACUACUUUUUUUAAACUUUCGUAACGUAUAACACGUUACACUUUAGCAUAAUUUUCAAUUUUAUCAUAUUUUUUAACUUUUUCCCUACAAUUCAUUAUAAAAACAUCAAAUAGCUAAAGCUAUAUUCAAAACUAUUUCUAAAUAAAUAAUAAAAAAGAAGAUAUUCUCUUAUCUCUAUCAACAAGAGUUACAUUUGCGAAAUUGUAAACAUUUUCGUUUCGUUAGUAAAUAGUUAUAAUGAAAUAUAUUUUUUAAAUACCAGAAAAUAGCAGCACAAAGUAACAACUUCAGCUGCACAACGAAUCGAAAUAUAUUUGCUUGAAUUCAGAAAAGAGAGCUGACUGAGGUUAAGGGAAUUAAGCACAGAUAUGAAAUAUCCCUCAACCGCAGUCAAAGCGUGGAGCGCAAUCAUUUUUUCAUGCUUUUGAUGAACUACAGCCCUGCUUUAUCACAAAUAUCAAAACAUCAACUACGUCAUUGGGUCAGUGCGCUGUGAAUGCGCCGUCCAACAAAACAAAAAUGUAGCAUUUUAAACGUGCUGAAAUGUUGUUUCCUCAAAACGUUUUGAUUUGAUUUCAUUACACCCUAAAAUGCAGCGAGCAACACUGAUCGGUGACGAUAGCUUCUUUCUGGUCGGAAUUCACAUUCGUCGAUGCAAGAACGUAAGAUAAUAAGAUAGUACCUUCGAAUGAACGAAUUAAAAUGAAAGAUAGAAGAAGUACACGAACGAUAAGCACCGUCGCCAAAUCAAAAGCCGUCCAUUUUUUUGUUUGAAAAAUAAAACAAAAUACAAACACCUUUCACGCAAACAGUGAGCGAGGAAUUAAUAAAAAAUAAAAAACAA